UGCCGAGACAGCCGAGUAGCUAAGGUGGAAGGCCUUAUAAGGUUGGCCCUCCAGGGUGGCGCCUCUGCCUUGCCUUGGUGCUCUUGCCAUGUUGGCAAGAGUAUCGGCCGGGGCCAUUUGGACGCUUUUCAUUGGUGGACCCUAGACUGUUCGGACACGUGUCAUAUGCGAACCCUAGACGACUAAUUCCUUGCAACGCCGCACGCAGACUUCCUUUCCCACAUAAGCCAUGAACGACUUGGAUGCUCUGCUUGCGGACCCCCGCUUCACACAAGCAAUAAAUGCUAUUGUAAUAACGCGGGUAAAUGAUAUUGUAACAACGCGGGUUACCAGUGCUCUUGAGCCUCAGCUUCGGAGUCUAGCCAACCAGUUGCUUCUUCUCAUCGAAGUAACCUACUCGGGAGCCUGCAGCCGAGGUUUCGCGCCUCCACCUUCGCCAUUAGAGCCUAUGCUAGCGUCAUGGCCACAGAGCGAAAGCCUGUGGUUGGAUCUGUGCCGGCGAUUCCCAGGUCUUGGGAACUCAGUCGCCGCCGUUUCCCAGAACUGCAGGCUUCUCCGCUACCGCAGGGAUAUUGAGCACCAUGCUGGGGCUGUAGAGGACGUGGUGCAGCGUCUGCGAGUCCUCGCUGAGGACUUCAGCCCUCAGCGGCUGCAGGCUCUCGACCCGUUUCUGUACGCGGUGAUUGUCAGCGCAGACGACAUUGUUGCACAUUUCCUGGCUUCGCCGCGGCUGUUGCAGCUGGCGCAGGUGGCGUUGCAGGUUUGCAAGACCCGCCUGCUGGACAGCCACCCUGAGCGUUCCUGGUCAUGGCAGGCACCCGACAAUCCUGAGAAGGUGACGGUCUUCAUUUCCCUGGUCCUUGAGAAGGUGCCGGCUUUCGGCAGUGACGCUCAGGAGUUCGCCGCGUCUGCAGACGCGGUGGUUGACCAGGCACGCGAAUUUGGGCCGUCUAAUGCGUCUUACUCGCGGGAAGAGCUGCAGAGCCGCGUCGCUCGGUGCCUGGAGCUGCGUAUUCUCCAGUCCGCUGGAGCCCGAUAUCCGUUCGCGUUCACCCUGAUCACCCACCUGGACACAAUCCUGUCGAUUGACAUCAAAUAAGGACUGGAUCUGACUGGAUUCCCGCAAUUGUGCUGGUUAGGUGUUCUUGCCAUCCCACAUCUUUUACCGCUCCAGGCGUCGUUGCUGUCAGCAACUUGUAGCCAUAGACAUGGCGCUCAUACGUGGGACACUGCAGGGGGCUAUUGUUGGGCAUAUACAGUUCGGUGCGGACGUUGGGGUAUCGGAUGGGGUGCACAUGCAUUGGUAUAUCAGCUUUCUUGCGGCGUCGUACGGCAUCUAUAAGUACGUGCUGUCUGCCGUACAGUGGAACUCGGAGGUGCAGUACGGAGAUGCGUUCUUCGGAUCCGCAGCGGCGUACGACAGCAGCUGCGCCGCCACGGGCCGUGGUAGCCAUCCGGACGCCGCUGACGCAUCGUCUUACCAGAGAGACGUCAUCCUCAGAGGCCUGGCAGCGGACCACGAUGGCUAUGAGUCGGCCAAUGAGGGAGGUGGGGCCACGGUGUAGCAACUGGGAAUGGUGGUGGUGGGCUGGCAAGCAGCAACAAUAGCAGCCCCUUCUUGCGUCGUCCUCCCGCCGGGUCAUGCAUGUUGAGGCUGAGAUGGGGUCUCGUGGUGAGGUGGUGUGCAUUGUGGGGCAUGCGUGAUGCGCACUAUUAAAAAUGUCUGCAGGCUGUGAAGCCGUGUUUCUAGGAAUCUACGAUUGCGCAACAAGGAUUUGUGGUUAAAAUGCAUUUCUUGAUGUUUGCGUGGAUAGCUAAAGGCUGUACUGCUCAGUGCCUUGCCUUAGCUGCUUCUCUUUGCGUCUCUUGCGAAGCUGCUCUCCUAAAGAGCGCCGAACUCGUGACGGGCAGAGGGCAGGGGCUGGGUGGCCCAUGGGUCACUCCGUGCAUGCAUAUUCACAAACUAUGCCCGGGCACGACAACAACGCAUCGCUUUGUUGUGCAGGGCGAUAGACCCGCACCAAACGUUGUUAGUCUCGUUUAUGGCAUUGCGUUCCUGCACCGGAGAUUUCGGCAGA